AUGCAAGUACGGAUGGAAAAAGGCAGCUACAAAGAAGAAAAGAGAAAGUUACGGGAAGUUUUCUUCAAGUCGUCGAGACAGACACGACGAAUCAACAGUUUCGGGGAGAAGGACAACCAAAUCUGGCCUGGUUCCUUCGUCGCAGCCAGACCGCUCCAGGAACAGAUGAUGACCGCAGAAGGAAUACAUGACAGGAUCAUGCGGAAAUCAGUCCCUCUCCAAGCGUCUGCGUUCUUGGUCCGACACCUCGACACAGGGGGGAAAGGAGCUGCUCAGGCUCUGAAGGAUCUUCCUGAUGCGGACGACGGAGCCACCCCAGACGCCGCUCUAUUUCCUCUUGCAAUGUCUGACGGGAUGCCGAUCGAGUGGGCCCUCAAUAGGGCCCCGACGCUCGGAAAGGGGGGUAACGGCACCGCCACUGAUGUGGUUUUGUGGGCCAGUGAGACGCUGGCCAGUGGCCGCGCUUCCUAUCAUCGAGGUUAA